ACGCCGUCACGAAUGUUACAUUCAGUUUUAUUUCUUAUUUCAUUGCCGUCCGUGAAGAGAUACGCUUGAUUCUUGCGCUUCAAGAAAUAUCUUAAAAAAUUCAGUGAUAAAGUGGGAUUAUCAUAUUCUUGAAUAAAAGACUUCGUCACUUCUACUACCUUCCAUCUCAAGUGCAAACCAUGUUAACUUGGUGAAUACAAACUUGUGUACCCAUAUCAAUGCUGGCUUACCAGUCUAAAGAUACUCAACUCGCGCGCUGAAGCGGUAAAGAUCCAGAGAAAUAGAACGCAGUUACAGGUAGAAGAGUCGAGGCAGUACUUUCAUACUUCAUGUAACUUCAUUUUUGGUUCUUAACAACGAAAUAACUAUCUAUCGAUCUAAUCAUCAAUUAAUUGAAGCCACUGUUGGAUAAACAUGGAAGCACAACGACGACCUGAGCAUCGCUCUUCGUUGGUCAGAGCCGCGCAAGAAUCGAGCCUGAUGUCCAUAUGGUCGACAAGUACUGGACGCAACUCAGUGUUUGGGGCGGAGGGUGGAGCGGUACUCCCCACCUCGCAUUUGCCGAUUCACGUACACGUGGCACGCACACAUCUGCGCAACGCUGACGACCACUGCUUCCACAAGCGGUUUCACGACUGUCAGCACCCGUUGGUUUUUGUCCUACGCAGAACUUUUGGCAAGUUCUCCCGUUGGCACCGACGUUGCUAUCCACUUUCGUCAAAGAUGUCGCAGUCGGGAGAUGGUCUUCACACGCCGGGUUAUCUAUCUUGGAGGAAAUUGCAGCUCAGCCGAGCGAAGCUUAAAGCGUCAAGCAAGACGUCUGCUCUACUUUCCGGUUUCGCCAUGGUUGCCAUGGUGGAAGUACAACUGAACUCCGACACGAAGGUACCUUCAGAGAUGCUAAUCGCAUUCGCGGUCUGCACGACGCUAUUAGUCGCGGUUCACAUGUUAGCCUUAAUGAUAUCGACAUGUAUUUUGCCAAACAUAGAGGCCGUGUGCAAUCUGCAUAGUAUAAGUUUGGUACACGAAUCGCCGCACGAACGUCUACAUUGGUACAUCGAAGUGGCAUGGGCGUUUUCCACUCUGCUCGGACUCUUAUUAUUUCUACUGGAGAUCGCCAUACUUUGUUGGGUGAAAUUCUACGAUUUCUCGCAAGUUGCCGCUUGGUCUGCCUGUAUCGUACUGAUACCAGUGUUAAUAAUCUUUCUCGCGUUCGCGAUACAUUUCUAUCGGAGCCUGGUAGCUCAUAAGUACGAGGUCACGGUGUCCGGUAUAAGGGAACUGGAGUUACUUAAAGAGCAGAUAGAAUCGACCGACGUCGAGGGCAGAAACGGUGUAAACCUGUUACAGACUACUGGUGUAGCACAUGUCGUCUGAACAUGCAGUGUGUUCACGAUGAUCUGUAUUAUUCUCACAAAUGUGAUAGUCUCUCCCAGUGAAGAGCGAUACUGAAUCUCGAAUAGCUGGCUGAACGGAAGAUCAUGAAAAGAGAGAAAAAUAAGAAAGACAACUAUUGUAUAUUAUUAACUACAUAUGGGAAUCUGCAUUAUAGAUUCGUAUUGUGAGUUGCGAGGAUGAAGAGUUUGAUUUUUUUGUUUCUCGUAAGGCGUCGGUCCACCUGCAUGCAAUGAGUUCGAAAGAUAUCAAUUGUUCUCUUUGUUACGCGACUACUGUUUCCUAUAUUUAUCUAUGUCGCGGCGAAUUUUUACAAUCAUCGGAAAGUAACAUCCGAUGGAGAAAAGAAUCUGAACGUGAAACAUUCCCUCUCGCGUAGCGACUUAAAUAAAAUUAAUGGAACACGGUAGAAUCUACCGACUGGAUGUAUUCUGCGUGCUCGCGAACAGAGUUCGAGUAUGUGCAAACCUAAUUAAAUGUACUUAUUAUCAUCAUUUCGAAACGCGUUUGGCUGAACAGAAUAGUUCUUCCGAUUUCAUACGUUUGUUCAUUAUCGUUACAAAUUAUCGCAACGCGUCCUAUGCUCAAAUAAGUUUCCAGAUUUUUCAAACGGAAACAAGAUAAUUUCUCGUUUUCCCUCUCCCUAAUACUUAUACUUGGUCGUGAAGUUACUGCCGUCGCUGAACUAGCGGCAAUCACGCUGUACAUAAAUUUUAUUGCAAAGGGUUUAUAUGUAUGUAAAUACAUGGACACAAAUAGAUGCAUGCGCAGAAUUGAGACACUUUUGCUACAAUAAAUUAUACAAUUAACAACGA